AUGUUCUUAUUAUUGUUGUUGUUCACAUUUUCUCAAGCCGACUUUGACUUGACCAAAACUGAUUUUGAACUCUUCAAAGAGUUUGAAGUAAAAUAUAACAAAAAGUAUUCAACACCAUCUCAACGUCUUGCUCGUCUCUCGAUAUUUAAGUCCAGUCUUGAAGAUGUUCGCAGACUGAAUUCAAAGCGAAAAUCACCAUCAGAUGCAACUUUUGGAAUCAACUAUUUCUCUGAUUUAACUCCAUUAGAAGUAGGUUUAAACCCGCAGAAGUUUAUUAAAACCCAAAGAAAACAUUCGACUUCCAAAAGUGAUGAUCUUCCCAUUCUUCCAACAGGGGACGUCAUUCCAGACUAUUUGUCAUAUUGUGGACCUUAUGUCCAAAACAACACUGACCACCCAAAAAUAGACUUUUGUGGCACUCCACUUGACCAAAUGGGGUGCGGGUGUUGUUAUGCAGCUGCUAUAGCCAAUCAUGGCCAAAUUUUAUAUGCAAACAUGACUUAUUACAAAAACAAUAAAGACGAGGCCAAAAUUGAAAGGUUACUCUUCACUCCACAAAGAUUUAUAGAUACUAAAUAUGUUCUUUCGAGUGGGUUCUCUAAUAAGAGAUGCUGUGGUGGAAACAGUGGAAUUGCUAUUGAAGGCCAACCAACUUAUUCGUUACAAAAAGAUUACGCUUUUUCUGAUGGAACUGAAGAAUCUUACAAUAUCCAACCGCCUUGCACUCCACGUGGAGACCAAAAUGCAUCGGUUGAGAUUUAUUUGAGGAACAUAGAAUACCAAAUUUUCUCAGUCAAUCAAGCUGGUACUCAUGAACAACAAGUGUUGGCAAUGAAGAAAAUAAUACACCAUUAUGGCUCUGUUUUGGUGGCAAUUAUGGCUAAUGCAACUGGUAUAAUGUCUUAUAAAAAUGGUAUUUUCACAUUCCCACAAGAUGUAUGUCAAAAUUUAAAAAUAGAUCAUCAAGUGAUAUUAGUUGGGUAUGGAAAAGACGCUGCAACUGGAAAGGACUAUUUCAUAGCACGAAACACUUGGGGCUCUUGGUGGGGUGAAAAUGGCGGAUUUGCCAGAAUUUCAACUGAAAAUUUCUGUGGGAUGGCACAAGACGACACUAGAGGGUAUGACUCCCAAAAUUACAUUUUCUAUUCUGGAAACUGUAAAAUUGAUCCAAACUGCAAGACAUGUAAUGCAACAGACUUAUUGUGUACCGAGUGUAAAGCUGGCACUGAUAAAGAUAAAAGAGGUGUUUGUGUAGCACCGGGACAAUAUGAUUUUCAACCAGUUAAUCCACCAAUCACGUGCAUUUCUGGGUGUUCUUCUUGUACUGAUACAACCACUUGUAAUGUAUGCAACACUGGAAAAGUCCUUCAAAAGGACAAGAAAGCAUGUUUGGACAAGUGCCCAAGUGGACAAUAUGCUGAUAGCAACAAACUGUGUAAUUUUUGUGGCGUUUCUACGUGUGAAACGUGUGCAAUUUCACCUGCUAAUAAAUGUGAUACUUGCCCAACUAAUAAAUAUUUGGCUGUUGAUAAAACAAGCUGCUUGGCAAGUUGUCCAAAUGGGCAAUACCCAAAUGCUAAUAAACAAUGCACCGCCUGCACCACAGCCAAUUGUGCAACUUGUGAUGCCAGUAAUGUGUGUACAGCAUGUAAAACCAAUUUCACUAAAACAUCGACAAAUCAAUGCACUGCCACUCCUUGUGGUGAUGGCAAAUUUGGCACUCUUCCCAAUUGUGGCAACUGCCUCGCGAACUGUAAGACGUGCACUAAUGCAACAAUUUGCACGGUGUGUACUGGAACCAAUAAAUUAAGUGAAGAUAAAAAGACGUGUUAUGCGACUUGUCCAAAGGGCACCUAUACUUCUGGAACUAAUUGUAAAAAGUGUACAACAACAAAUUGUGUUGCUUGCAACAACUCAAAUGUGUGUACCGAAUGUGCUGCAAAUUAUCAGAAAACAACAUCAAAUCAAUGCGAAGUAAAGCCAACAACGUGCCCUUCAGGCCAAUACGGAACCGCUCCGAAUUGCCAAAACUGUCUCACAAAUUGCGAUAAAUGUGUUGAUGGAACAACAUGUGACUUAUGUACUGGGAUUAACAAAUUAAGUGAAGACAAAACCAAGUGUUACUCAACAUGUCCUAAUGGAACUUAUGUCUCAGGCAAUUACUGCAAAAAGUGCUCAACUGCCAAUUGUGCCAUUUGUAAUGCAAAUAACGUAUGCACUCAGUGUUUGACUAAUUUCGACAAAACAGCAAGCAACCAAUGUGUUGCACAACCAUGUGGUGAUGGGGAAUAUGGAACAAAACCAAAUUGCAACAAAUGCAUUUCUAAUUGCCAAACAUGUACUGAUAACAUUUACUGUUCUUUAUGUGCUGGCGAAGCUAAACUUCAAGAAGACAAAAAGAAGUGUUACACAACGUGUCCUUCUGGCACUUACGCCACGGCGACUUAUUGCAAGAAAUGCACUACUGCAAAUUGUUUGGAGUGCAAUAACAAUAACGAGUGCAGUAAAUGUAUUGACAACUUUGAGUUGAGUGGAACACCUCCAAUAUGCACUUCUAAAAGUGGAGCGUGUGGAGAUGGGUAUUAUGGAGAAGCUGGAAAAUGUCAGAAAUGCAGUGUGAGUGGAUGCAAGAGAUGUAGUGAUGGUGAAACGUGUGAUAUGUGCAAUGGAAUUAUGAAUUUGGAAUUUAACAAGAAAAAGUGUUCGAAUGAUUGCCCAACUGGAUAUUUGGCAGAUAACCAAAAGUGCUUGAAAUGUGACGAUAAGUGCAAUAAAUGUCAAGCGUUGGACGUGUGUGAUGAGUGUAAUGAAAACUUCAAAUUUAAAGUAGAAGGAAAAUGUUAUAAUGAAUGUCCUGAUCACUACUUUGAAGAAAAUGAUAUGUGCAACAAAUGCAAAAACAAUUACCUAACUCCUUGCAAUACAACUGAAUGUGAAAAAUGCACCGCACCACAAAACAGAAAUGGUGUUUACAAGAUAUUUAUUUUAAUCGCUAUGGUUGUACUGCUUUUCCUUUAA